AUGUUAAAAGAACGCAUUGCAACCCUGCCUUAUCAAAGAAAGUCACUUGAAGCACUCUUUGGGAGAAAGAGAAUGGGUUGGGAUAAAGAAAUAAUUAGAUUCGAUGCUGGCCGGAUAUACAAGUCAUUUCGAUCAACUACUGGAUACAAGGUGAAUACAGCAACAGACCCAAUCUUUGGUCCUUGCAAAAGUGCGCAAAAAACUUUUAAACGCACUUUACAGGAGGAACCCGAUAAUAAGCCACACAUUCUUGAAUACGGUGGCCGUGAGUCUCUUGCUUAUGUUGCGGGCUAUUUACCAAUUACCUAUGGCCCAAUAUAUAAUGUUCUCUAUGAAUUAAGCACACGACUACCUGAUUUUUCUCCAAAAAAUGUAAUGGAUUUUGGCACUGGUCCUGGUACAGCAAUAUGGGCCGCGCAUGAAAUAUGGGGCAGCAAUAUAGAGAACUUUUUGGGAAUUGAUAUAUCUGAGGCAAUGCUGAGAACGGCAGAAAAUAUAUUAUCUUGUGAUUAUUCAACGAGAUAUGAUCUUGUUAUUUCCGCAUUCACGUUUAAUGAACUACCGAAUGAUAAUAUCAGACAAUCUAUCCUGGAGUCUUUAUGGAAUAAAACAGAGGACACACUGGUGCUGAUUGAAAAAGGCACACCAGCUGGGUUUAAAAUAAUUGCUGAAGCACGUAAAAAAAUUUUGCAUAGUGCUACAAAAUUUCAGGUAGAUGCCAACCUGCAAUUGGAUAAACAAGAUAAUGAUGCGAUGUCAACACUUGCGAACUAUGGGGCUCAUGUUGUAGCACCGAUGCAAACAAAAAAGGUGGUAGGGAACAACUAUGAAGAUUCAAAGUAUUCUUAUGUUAUCCUGAGAAGGGGACCACGUCCUAGGAUAUCAGCAACAGAAACUUCAAAAAAAUUGGAAAAACUAACUCAUGAUAGUACCAUAAAUACAGAACUCGCUAAAAGUCAUAUUGAAAGGAUGAUAAUUCCAAAAUCACAAGGUAAAGUUCCUUAUCGCGAUGCUCGCAAAGCAAUGUGGGGUGAUUUAUUUCCGCAUCCACCAAAAAAACCUGCUGAACGCAGAAACAUUGGAAUUGACAAAAAAAAUAACAAAGAAGAAAUUUAUAUGAUGAAUGAUAUAGAGGAUGAUGCUGAUCAAGAAAAUUUACCUAGAAGAAGAAACAUUCCACGAAAAAAAAAAGUGAUAGAGUAA